AUGCAUGGGCACCUGGAGGUCGUGAAAAUCCUCCUUGAAAGGUGCCACUACGUGCCGGACAGUCAGGACCACUGUGGAGUCACCCCGUUUAUGGACGCUAUACAAAACGGCCACUUGGACAUCGCCAGAGUCCUUCUAGAGAAACAUCAGGUGCGUUUUUCCUUCCACCUGGUCCGACAGGUGUAUCGGGAAGCUUUAUCCCCGAUAAAGUUAGGAGUACAGGUCGUUCUUCACUUUCCACUCAGCGGCCAUUCUACGUUACGACG